UAAGAAAUCCGAGAGAAGAAGAGAAGAAAAAGCAGAGAAUAAAAAGGAGACCGGAUGUUGACAAAUUUCAUGUCACUGUUCUUGGAAGGUCGUUUGUUUGUAUGAAGAUUUCUUAUCUGGGAUCUCUCUCUAUCCCCUUCUUCUCUCAGGGACUGGCCCCAGCAGAUCGAAAUCUCCAUCCUUUCGUCGACCUUAUGACGAUCUAAGCUCCAUCAAUGGCGUUAGAAAAAUGCCCAAUUCGUUAUUUUCACUCUUUAGGGUCUUGUGCUUUGUUUUCUGGUUCGGGGGAUUCUUCUGGUUGCUCUGCUUCAUGUUUGGCUUCAUUUAUGCUGCGAGUGCGAGUCCAAGAUUGUCAAUUUUCAUGGAACGAAUUGGGUCUCCUUGAGGUUGUCGGGUCGUCGAGAUUUUGCUGAAGCCGUGGCAGAUUUUCCAAGAGGGGUGAUAGAGGAUGUGGGUCUGAGGCAUGGGAACAAAGGUACAGUGUAAAAGUUACUUACCAGGAUAUUACUCCAUGAGGGAUCUUAACGAAGAUGCUAACAGUGGUAGCUGGCCCCUAUAUUACGAGAAUAAAACUUUAAAAAGUGGACAUUGCUACAAUGGUUUCUCGUCAAGACCUACUACAGAUGGAUAUUUGGGUUACGAUAAGGAAGUGCUAAAGCAAACAAUGCUUAUGCAUGAAUCCAUAUUCAGGAAGCAGGUCUAUGAACUCCAUCGUCUUUACAAAAUACAAAAGAGCUUGAUGGAUGAACUUAGAAUGAAAGAAUUGCAUAAGUAUACAUUACCAGUGGAAACAACACAGUCAAGUCUCUUUUCAUCUCAAUUGUCAUCUGAAGAUGCUCAGAAGACACGGCACAUUCCCAGCUUGCCCUUGGUGAACUCUGCCUGUAGCAAACCAUCUGUUUGUGAUUCUGAAAAAACACAGCCACCUUUCAGUUUUAGAAAAGAGAACGGUAUACACACUUGCCCUGCUCCAACCCAAAAGGGAAGCAGUUCAAAAGACAAGUUGUCAGAGUCCAGCUCCAAGAAAUUUCCAAGAAAAAUGUUUGACCUUCAACUUCCAGCUGAUGAGUACAUUGACAGUGAAGAGGGGGAACCACUUGAAGAAGAAAAAGCUUCUGAGAUUUCUGUGGUGACAAAUUAUCCUCUGAGGAAUUCUGGGGCUGCACAUGACCGUGAUGUGAAGCUUUCUCUUGGAAGUGGUGGGAACCCUGGUAGCCAAGCAGAUUCUUUGAGAUCUGACUCAUGUUUACAAAGCACACACCAUGGUUUGGCAGACUUGAAUGAACCCAUCCCGGUUGAGGAAGAAAUUGUUUCAGCUCCUGUUGAUUUUCUGCACCCUGUCACCUGCCAUGGGGAGAUCAAAGGUCAGAGCUUGCCAAUCACACCAAAUUCAGGCUUCCAUGGUUCAUCAAGGGAUUUCUUCCAAGAUAAACAGAAGGGAAGGGAUAAUGAAACUUCAUCAAACAGUCAACGUUCAGAAAAUGAGAGAAGCAGACAGGAAUGGCCACCUAACCUUGAAGCUGGGCAAAGUAAUUGCAGCCUGAAGUCUUUACCUCAAGGUUUCUAUCCAGAAAAGUUGCCUGCACCCUCUGCACCAUUUCAAUUUGAGCAUAAAAAAGCUCUUGAACUACCAUCAUUUGUUCUAUCUGAUCAAAGUAAAAGAGAACCAUGGAGAGAAAAAACAAGUUAUAGUUUAGAAAGCUCUCAAAGAGAGCAGAAUCUUCAGAGUUUUAACUUUCUUGGAUCAGUGGCAGAUGCUCAUGUUCCUGGUCUGCAUCCGAGCAUUCCUCAGUCCGAUGUGGCCAAUUCUGGAUCAUCCUUGGCUUCAUCUUGGAGAAAGCCAACGAGCAGCCUGAUCCAGAAGAAGCCUAUAGCAGUUCAAGAACUCUCAAGUGUCAACCCUUUUUCUCCUAUGAGUAAGAAUUCAAAGACAUCAUAUCAAGGCUCUGGGGUUAUUGAAGACAAAUGGCAUCUUAAUAGCAAUUUUGGAUCGAAUCCAAGUUUUGGAAGCGAAAUAUCCAAUGGAAAAAAUGGCUUUUGCCAUGGGUCCCAGUCAGAGUCCAAGUUGUUACAGGUUUGCUCUCCUUCUGUUGGUUUUGGUUAUCUAAACUGCAGUAUUGACAAUACAUCGGCUUAUGAACACUUUGGAAACCAUGGUCUUGCAAAGCAUUAUAAGGGUUCAGACUCCGUGGAUGUUAAGAUUGUGAAGGAUAUUAACUUAAAUAUGGUGCUUCCAAAUGGCUUCCAAGACAUGGUUCUACAAAGAGAUCUUGUGAUUAUAGAUGGAGAAGGGAAGCAUGAAGAUCCACCAGGAGGCUUGCCUUGGCUUGGAGCCAAACCAGCUUGCAACGACACAACCACCAAAGGAAGCAGAAACUUGGACAAAACUGGAUCUGAUUCUCUACAGGUCUGUCCUCAGCAUUUUGCUGACGAAGUUGAAGCUAGAAAUGGUCGAAAUCCAAGUUUUAUUCAGGAUUUUACAUUGGCUUCAUGCACUCGUUAUACUGAAGCCAAGAUUGUUAAGAUGGCUGACAGUCCAAGUGAUAAAAAGAUUCUUGGGUUUCCCAUUUUUGACAAACCACAUGUUUCCCACAACCAUUCAUCUUCUCAGUGCUCCUCUGCCAAGCUUUGUCAUCAUCGAUCAGAAAUUGAAGAUAUUGAAAAUAAUGUUAAAGUAAAGGUACUUAAUAUUGAUUUGUCACACAAUCCUUCAUUGCCCAACUCAAGAGACCAGCUAUCCAUGGAAAAUCUGGUUGUAGAGAAGAGAUUGAGUAACAACUUGGAUGAUUCCAGAAAUCGCAUUAAUUUAAAUUCAUGUGCAGAUGAGGAUGAGAGUCUAUCAGUGACUAAUGUACAGUGUGGUGCAGAGAAACGUACUACUGGGAUAGAUUUGGAGGUCCUGGCAGUUCCUGAGAGUGAGGAAGGUAUUCCUACUGGAGGAGAGUUUCUGAGUGACCAACUUGAAAGUCUUGUUCAAUCAUCACGUGUGGUUGGUGACCCACAUGAGGAGCUUGUCAAAACUGCUGCUGAGGCUAUAGUUGCCAUCUCAUCAUUUAGCAAUAAUAAGCAUUCAGAGGAUGACAUUUGUCAGCCAUCAGAAACCCCACUGAAGGAAACUCUACACUGGUUUGCAGAAAUAAUUUCUUCUAACAUGGGUGAUCUGCAGAGUUACAUUGAUGUAGCUCUAAGGUGUAAGGGUGUGUCUGAUCAGGAGUCUUCCUCUGAUGAGAGUGAUUACUUUGAGACCAUGACAUUGAAGUUGACAGAACUCGAGGUGGAAGAGCGCUGGUGUAAACCUCAUGCACCCGAGAUUCCAAAGGUUGAAGAAGCAAGUGCAUCUCGAUUGCUUAGUCGGCCUCGCAAGGGCCAAGGGAGGAGGGGAAGGCAGAGGAGGGACUUUCAGAGGGAUAUCCUGCCAGGUCUUGCUUCAUUGUCGAGGCAUGAGGUCAAUGAAGAUCUUCAGACCAUCGAAGGACUAAUGAGAGCUACAGGUUGUUCCUGGGAGACAGGGUUGGCAAAGAAGAAUGCUGGUAGAAGUGGAUGGGCAAGGGGGAGGAGGCGGUCAAGGUGCCCUGCUCCAACCAUGGUAAUGACUGUAGAAUGCCCACCUCCAAAACAACAAUCUAGUAAUGGUGAACUUGGACUUGAGGAGAGAAGCCUAACAGGGUGGGGAAAGACAACUAGACGGCCCCGGCGCCAGAGAUGUCCAGCAGGGAACCCUCCUCUUCCUGUAGCCAUAGUAUAGAGAGACAGAGACGCUCUGCUUUAUGGUUUGAAAAUUUUAUAGAGGGUACUGGGGAAUCCGGAGUUGUUUCAAUGUCCCAGGGUUAGGUGAUUGUGCGUCAUAGGGGAUUGCCUUGUAUAUUUCUUCUCUUCUGAGCCCAAAAUUCGGGUCCCUUGAUUUUCUGUGUUUGAGUUUACCAACUUGUAUAAUUCAUAAAUAAUGUUGCAUUGUUUCAUCCCAGAUAUACAACAUUUUCAACCGUGGGUUUGGGUA